CGGGCGAGACUCUAGCCAUGGCGCCUCGCGUGGUACGCACAGGGGCGGUGGCGCUCGGUUUGCUGCGUGUGGCGGCAACCGAAGAGCUUCCUCCUGUCGUGAAGGUCGGCGGGGUCUACAACGUGGGAGUAGGGCUUAGGCUUAAUGGAAAGACCCCGUUCGAUUUGUGGGCUGAGUAGGCAAACAGAGACAGCAACCCCAACUUCACUGUAAGACCGGCGACGCAAUGGUAACGUCAGUCGAGGGAUUAUUGUCCGAUGAAGUGCAUGCCAUUAUCCCGCCGUGCAUAACGGCCCUGUUCAAGGCCAGGAUCGAGGCUGUGUCGGCGUGCAGCACUAUCCCGAUCUUGGUGCGGGGCGGGACCAUUGACUCGAUCUUCACCGAAAGCUGCGUCAACUGGAAGUGCUUCGGUAGCCUCAGUGUUGCGUUUGACCAAGAUUCUGACGGCGGCUGGAGCGAACAUUGGGGCUGGGAUAGUCACGAACAGCAGCGGUUUCAGGGCAAGGGUGACAGCAUUCAUCGAGGCGACGGGCGGUGUCUCCUUGACGGGCAGCACCACCCUCGAGGCCUACCAAACCAGAGCUGUGCUCAAGCCACGCCGACAAGAUCAGCGCCUCCAUCGCCGACCUUCCCGAAGUGGUCCUCGUCGCUGGCCACCCUGGCGAUGUUGAGGCUGUUGGCGGGGGCGUGCAGACAUUGGAGUACAUGCCCUAUGCGAUCAUCGCCCAGCAAAUACGAAGAUGCGUCGAAGAUGAACUUUGUGAUCGUGCCCGAGCAGUGGGAUGAGAGGGGAAUGCGGCGGAUUCGAUCGUUGGCUGGACCCUGGCGGCUUGUCGCGAGGCCCUCGGCGAGAAAGCAGCUUACCACUCAGCCUCCAUUGGCAGUUUGUCGGUCGCCAUGACAAACGCGGUCGUCAGUAUCCUCGCAGCGGAGGGUCCAGAUCUCUCCACCCUUGCGGCCAAGACGCACGCGCAAAUCGCAGUGCAGACCUGCUUCGGUUGCUUCGGGAGACUUUCUUGGGAGUCGAACGGCAUUGUCAAGAAGCCUAUGUAUGGCAAGCAUAAAUAGGGUGGCGAUUACGCGAGUCGCUCCAGAGGGCGCCAGCACUGCCUUCUCCGCCCGUCAGGUCGCCCAGCUACUGGCGCUCCGACAGCUCUCCUCCGCGUUGUUUUUUUUCGUUUGCGCUGCAUCGCUGUGCAGCUUGAAGUCGCGAGUUUACGAUUCAUGCGCCCCACCGUUUGAGCGCUUCCGAACUGCAGCCGCGGAGCUUAUAUUUCCAAGCGCAGCUUUGGCGUAACGCUCAUUUGGCAUGGCUAGCCGGUAUGUUUACUAUAAUAUGGCGUUGCUCUCUGGCCUGCCACCCCACAGUCUCGCAGCGUGCUUCCUGGUGGUGUGUUUGUUUGCUGUUGAGUCCUCAGGAUGCCUAACCGAUGUUAUGCUAGUACCUUCUUGCCCUUUAAGCUUAGACAUCCGUCGCGUGAGACUGCCACACCUUGGCGAACAGAGGAAAC